AUGGAGAUGAUCUGGACAGUCCAGCCCGCUCGAUCUGCACCGUCCGUUGAAGAGCUAAUAAACCGCACGGUUGCAGAUACGCCCAUCUCUUAUCCUUGGCUCUUUGGCCGACGUCGUUCACCGGGCGAGGUGUCGAAGAACCAUGAUCCGGUUGGAGAUUGGCUUGAGAACACCUCGCAGCAGUGCUUCGAAAACCUUUCUGUCCAUGAUUGCGAGCAGAAAGAUGGCCCGCGUGGCACUGACGAUUCGGACAAUUCAGAUGCAUCAUACUCUCCAGACAAUUCGGACGAUUCAGGCGCAUCAGACUCUCCAGCUAAUUGUCUAAUCCAGUAG